ACACACACGUGACAGAAGAUGACAGCGUGCCAUUCAAAGACAUAAGAAAUUCUGACUUAACCAAUAACCAUAUAGGUAACAGACGGUCAGACGGAUCAAUGUAUCACGAAAUGAAUUAUGGGAAGCACGAUUAUGGUAAUCACUUUCAUGAUUCACGCUAUGCCUCUGCCGGAAGUAUGGAUAUAUACAGACACCAUGAUGGUAUCAGCUUAAUAGGCAGCAAUGCAUCUAUUAUAGGAAUGUCUAAUAUACCAAUUUUCAAAGUUUGGACAUGUAGACGCACAAGGCGAAAGUUUAUCAAAGCUGAAAAUCUGGCAGUUCUUCAGAGGAAAGCUGCCACCAUAUACCAGUACGACAAUCCCGUACGUCUUACAUUGGAGGAGGACGGAACUGAUGUAGAUAAUGACGAGAUUCUAGCGUCUUGUAUGGGAAAGAUAUUAGUUGUAUUGGCUAGAAAUGAACACUGGGUAGAUCGCUCAGGUGUUUCUAAUCUCCCAAUACAAAAGUACACAUUUGAUGUUUGCUCCCACAAUCGAACAUUACGGAAAUUGGUGCUAGCAGAAAACCUGAAAGACUUGAUUCAUCAAGCACCAGCAUAUUUUGGUUACAUCGUUAAUGAAAUCUGCCUUGAAGACGACGGUACAACGAUUGGGGACGAUGAUAUCCUCAUUUCUAUGUCGAACCAAACAGUAAUGGCCCUUGGUAAAGAUGAAAGUUGGACGCCGGCUACAGACAAAAUGGUUGAAAUAGAAAAUAAAGAAGCUACAAUAUCUACGGAUACACCGACACUGAGCGACCUUUCAUUUAAAGUAUGGUCAGAAGAUCAAAGUAAAAAGAAGAUGAUUAAAGCUGAAAAUUGCAUUGAUUUGCACGUUAAAGCAUCAAAAGAAUUAGGACUCGAAAUGCCAAUCCAGAUCCGUGUUAAAGAUGAAGACAUUGUCAUAAGUACGGACAUAGUGUUACAGACAAACGUAGGAAAGAUCUUAAUCGCUUCUGAAAGGAACGCCCCUAAAUGGUUGAAGACAAUUAAAUCAUCGUAUACACUUCCGAAUGACAGUCAGAACGAUUAUAAUUCUGCUGAUUUGAAUGGAUAUUCGAGUGUUGAACAACUACAACGAACCGAUGCCCCUAGUGAGACUAGAUCUCAUGAUUAUGGUCCAAUGAGGCAACCAUACAUUUCCAAUCAGCAGGCGGUUAAAUCAACAGAUUUUAAAAACAAUGGAAAGCAAAUAUACUUUGACGCCAAUAUAGACCGCAAACAAGUUUCAGAAAAAGACCCUGAUAUAGUUCAGUCCACACAGUUUUCUAUGCCUUCUAGAUAUGAAUCCGAAAACCCCCUUUAUACUAAUAGAAAUAUUUCAGAAGGACUACGUAAUGCAUUGGGGCAAAGCCAUCCAAGAAAAACUCAAAAGGACAAGCAUAUUUAUAAAGACGUUACAGAGUCAUAUGAUGACCCAGCAAACAGAGAAAAGGUGAGGAAUUAUAAAGAUUUUGACAAUUCUAAUGAUUUACCUUAUUCUGAUUUAACCCCAUCCUAUCAGCUAAAUUUUGGAAAGCCAGACAAAUCUGAUCAAAUGAUACCUGAUGAGGAAAGGAGUAACGAGCUGCCAUAUUCCGACCUCGAACCUUCGCAUAAGAAGAACAGUCGCAAAGGAAACAAUUUCGAUGUGCUGAGAAAACAAAAUAUGAAGAAAGGAAGUCACAAUGACCACGAUUCAGAAUCAGAAUACGGUCAUAAGCAGUCUUCGUUAUUUCGUCAGCCAUCUUUUCUUGUAACAGGUGGUGCUAAACAGUCUAAUGAUAGUGAUGUCUUGUUCUAAUUUGUAAAAUUGACGAAUUAAUUGCAACAUUUGCAAUAAUCAGUAAAAUCAUUUUAUAAUAUUUUAUCCGGACUGUAAUAUUAUGCAAUCAUAUUUAUAUUUCCUACACCUGGUUUCAAUCAAGGGAAAGACAUGUAAGUUUCCCGUCGUCUUCAUUUUGCGAAAUUGCUAUUGCAGCUUUGUUGAUACAUUUGUUAUCAAACAUUGUCA